AAGAAUGUUUCAUAUCCUCCUGAUUGCCUAAGAAAAGGAAUAAAAGCGCUCCCUGUUCAGGGCUGCUCCAACCAUUUCUCCUGACUCGCUCUUUGCUGCAAAGAGAUUUGUCUCCACUCCCUGAAGAUGUCUUCCUAUAGACAGAUGAUCAGCUCCCGCUGCCUUGCACCCUGUGAAGUGACCUGCCCACAGCCAAUUGCAAAUGCCUGGAGCCAGCCCUGUGUCACCUCCUGUGGUGAUUCGAGAGCUGUGAUCUAUCCACCUCCCGUGGUCAUGACCUUCCCAGGACCCAUUCUUAGCUCCUGCCCUCAGGAGAGCAUAGUGGGUAGCUCAGCACCAUCCAGCACUGGGAGCUUCUUUGGAUCCAUGAGCCCUCUGGGCCUCAGCGGCUCUUAUGGCUCUAGGAGCUUGUACAAUUAUGGGAGGUCAUAUUCUUCCUAUGGAUCCAGUGGUUAUGGUUUUGGGAGCUGCAGACCAUGUUAAAUGUUUAAUGAAGAAGAAGCAAUCACCCAACGUGGUGGAAGAUGUGCCUCCACAACUCCUAUUACUGGCAUUGCUUUCCUGGAGCAUGAACUGUGCAUCACUAAAAUCACUCUUACAGGUUAUUCUCAAGCUUAUGAUUUAAUUUCAUUUUCUGACUAUUCUUUCCAGUGGCUCCUGAUAAUAAUGGCCUCAAAUUAGUUAUAUCAAUGAUCUUUGGCUGGUUGAAAGUGGGAUGAGAUUGUGUAAGUCUUUCUAUGCUAUGAAAAAGAAAGAGUAAUGUAUGUGGAAUGCAUAGCCCUGGAGCAAUUCUUUACUUGCAGCCUUUAAUGAGACCCUGGCAAUAUUUUCCCUGUGUUUUUUAUUCUUAGUAAGAUAUUUGUUUCUUACAGUCUCAUUAAAUUAUUGUGCAUCAAAA